UCGCCCGGCUUCCCAGAGCACCCGAACGAGGCUCCUGCUUUCCCAUCUCACUCACCCGGGUUCCCAGACGAGAAGGUCCAUGAGCGGGGCUUCACCCCAGGCCUCCCGAACUCCCAGCAUCAUGCUGGUGCAUCGCCUGCGCCCGCGCUGCAGCACGGCUCGCCCCCGCCCUCGGGUUUCCGUGUGCCGCUGACGAGCGGCGCGCCGUUCCCUAGCCCCCAGCAGGCGGGGAGCCCGGUCGCAUACGACAUCGACCACAGCCCGAUCUUCCUCGGCUCCGCGCUGUUCGAGAAGUCCGUGCACCCGUGCAAGAUCGCCGCCGCGCUGAACCCGCCCUGCCGCGUCCCGUACGCGGGCACCGAGUUCGAGCACCACGGCCGCUUCGAUCUCCUCCCGUUCGACCCGAACACGAUGGAGUGGCUGGUCACGUCCCAUGGGCGGAUUCCGCCCGGCAAGAGGCCCGUAGAGGGAGGAUACGAGGAGCACGGCGCCAAGCUGUACCACGCCCUUGCGCAGGUCAGCGGUGUUGAGGUCCCCGGGAAGACGGGUGAACAUCUGGGUGGAUGCAAUGUCGCUUUUGGCGGAGGGGAGCACGUUUUCCGAGAGAACUACAAGAUCUUG